AUGAAAUCAAUUAUCUUAGCUGUUGCUUUGAUCGCUAUUGUUAGCGCCUAGACCUACAACUUCACUGUUUCUUAAGGCUGCAACCCCAAAUACUGCUAAAGAAAUUUCUGGACCUUUAAUAACACUUAAGCUUCUAUGGACUGCCCAGUUGUAGGUGAAGGAAAGGCUUAUUUAUCUAAUCCUACUAUGUCCCCCAGCGAGAUGACCUUAUAAAUUGCCACACUUAACAAAUUAGGAAAACCCUAAAAUGUCUUUGUCCCUCUUAAAGUUAACUUCGUUAACAUUGAAGCUGAAUUCGAUCACAACACUACUUUCUCCAUCUAAAAUUGCUAAGAAGCUUGGGCCUCAUAAAACAUUCCUUUGUGCAAAAACCACACAUUUGUUGGAAUCAGAAAGUAAAACAACACAGUCUUAGGUAACUGUACCUUCGGAUUAGAUGCUGUUAGUCCCUUCUGA